UCAUUGCACAUGCGGAUAUAGUCACUUUGUGGUAAGUACUGUUGCGGGAUGUUGAAAACAAAAUAUAAAUAAGUCGUUAUAGGAAAGCUUAUAUUUUGCCAGAAUACGUUGUGUAAAAUGGUGUAUAAAUUUAUUUUAUUUUCAAUAAUUGGGAUUACGAUUACAGACAAAGCAAUCGGAACAGAAUGUUUGCAAUGUGUAGAUGGUAGCAUAAGCCCACAAAAUAUCGCAGAUUUAAUACCAGAUUAUGUCAAAAAAUUAAGCAGCCCAGAGUGUCCGCGUGCAACGUCGGCAACAAAGGGAUCAAAAGUUAUAUUUGGUCCAUGUCCAAAUAAUCAAACUGACAGAUGUGGUACUCUCCGCGGAAGUGUUAAAUUGUCAUUGAAAUCGUUCGGUUCAGAAGCCACAGUGACGUUCUUUUUAAGAGAUUGUUUUGCGGUGAAUAACAACACAGCGUCUGGAUGUUACACAGACCAAAAUAUAUUAAAUGAUCAGAAAGCCAACCUUGAAAAGAAAUUUGGGAAUGAUCUUAAAACAUUUGGUGUAGAAGUUGAAGAUAUACAAAAUGGAGAGUUCUGUAUCAACAAAGAUGGUACCAAUAAGUCUUGCACAUUAAUGUAUUCAUCAAUGUGGUUACUAAUCAUGUUAAUGCUGGUACCACUUAUUGUAUAAAGACUAUAUUGUACUUGUACAAUUACGGCAGCAUAGCUUACAUGCAAAAAAAUACCGUCUCCACUGCUUUGUUUUUUGUUUGCAAUUUUUGUAAAUACGUACAUAGUAUCAUUGGACUUGAGAAUUCUCCUCUUAUGUGUUGCCAACUUAUAAUUUCAACAGCAAGGAUAGUAAAUUCAACAGCUUUGUUUUCAUACUAGUAUCUGUAUUAGUGUUCUGGUUUAUCAUCUAUGCCUUUUUGGUAAUAAAGCUUCUAAUAUCAA